GUCACACUUUUUCCCUCCUCAACCCUCUCACUACCAGAAACCUCUCCCUUUCUUUCCCCCCACAAGCUUGGAUUGCAUAAAAAUGGCGGUUUCAAGGACAAGAAGAAGCAGCCAUUUGCGUUACAUGAAUCUCUUGCCUUUCUUCUUCUGCUUCGUCCUCCGUUGUUAUCACUCCAUUGGGCUAACCAGCGAGCAGGAACUCGACAGAAUCUCUGCCCUCCCGGGCCAGCCGCCGGUCACAUUCUCUCAGUUUUCCGGCUAUGUCACCGUCAAUGAACAGCACGGCCGCGCAUUGUUCUACUGGCUCACUGAGGUCGCCGGCGCCGCUUCUCCUAGAACCAAGCCCCUCGUCCUUUGGCUCAAUGGAGGACCAGGCUGUUCAUCAGUAGCCUAUGGAGCUUCAGAAGAGAUUGGUCCCUUCAGGAUUAACAAAACUGCUUCUUCCCUCUUCCUCAACAAGUACUCAUGGAAUAGAGAAGCAAAUAUUCUGUUCCUGGAAUCACCAGCUGGAGUUGGAUUUUCCUACACAAACACAAGCUCUAACCUCAAAGAUUCUGGUGAUGCAAGGACGGCUCAGGAUGCUUUGGUUUUCCUCCUCAGAUGGAUGUCAAGAUUCCCUCAGUACAAGCACAGAGAGUUCUACAUCUCUGGCGAAAGUUAUGCCGGACACUAUGUACCUCAGCUAGCAAAGAAAAUCCAUGACUACAACAAAGCACACUACUCCAACAAAAAACCCAUCAUCAACCUCAAAGGAAUCAUGGUAGGUAACGCCGUGACGGACAACUACUACGACGGGAUCGGCACGGUAACCUACUGGUGGACACACUCCAUGAUCUCCGACAGAACCUACCGGUCCAUCCUCAACCACUGCAACUUCGCGGCGGAGAAGACCUCGAAGCAGUGCGACGACGUGGUGGGGUACGCGAUGAACCACGAAUUCGGCGACAUCGAUCAGUACAGCAUCUACACUCCUUCGUGCAAGCACCCCAAGAGCAACGAGAACGUGACAAGCAGUAGAUUUCUCCGGAUGAAGAGCACGGUGCUUCACCGGCCCAUUUCGGGGUACGAUCCUUGCACCGAGAGCUAUGCCGAGAAGUAUUAUAAUCGGAGAGAUGUGCAGAAGGCAAUGCACGCCGAUGUGCCUGGGAUUCCUUACAAAUGGACUGCUUGCAGUGAUACGCUGAUUAGGUACUGGAAGGAUUCUGAUUCUUCGAUGUUGCCUACUUACAAGGAGCUUAUGGCUGCUGGUUUGAGGAUUUGGGUUUUCAGUGGGGAUACAGAUUCGGUAGUGCCAGUGACAGCAACAAGGUUCUCUCUCAGCCAUCUGAACCUCACAGUCAAAACCAGAUGGUAUCCAUGGAAAUCUGGAAACCAGGUUGGGGGAUGGACAGAAGAGUAUGAAGGGCUGACCUUUGCAACAGUGAGAGGAGCAGGGCAUGAAGUGCCACUACUUCAACCCAGAAGGGCUUUCAUUCUAUUCAGAUCUUUCUUAGCUGGGAAACAACUACCAAGAUCUUGACAUUUCUCCCCAUAAAAAAAGCUACAUAAACAAUUGAUCAUAUGUAUGUACAAGGAGAAAAAUGAAAAAGGAGGGAUCUUUGCCAAUAUACUGUUGAGCUUUGUGGAGCAAUCCAGAUAAAAGCUCUGCUAGAAAUUUCUGUGUUCCACAAGUAAAGAGAGAAAGUAGGGGUUAUGUUAUGAGGGGUCAGCUAGGAAGCAAGAUGAGAUAGUAGGAUCAUUCAAUGUUGAGAAGAAGUAGGGUAACUCAUGUCUAUCUUGUAUGAUGAUACUCACAAAAGUUGGUACCAUCUGUCUGCACUUUUAUCCUUUCUUUCUUUUUACUCAAGUGCAAGAUGAAUUAUUUGAGACAUACACGACCU